GGCCCGCCCACCAACCUCUAACACGGUUUAGUUGUGUCCAGAGAGCGUGCACAAACUUGACAGUCCUUCGAAGCAAACUACUGCAAAGAUGGUGCUCAAAGCAGUGUGCGUGCUGAAAGGAUCCGGAGAAACCAGCGGGACCGUUCAUUUCGAACAGGAAAAUGACUCUGCCCCUGUGAAAGUGACUGGAGAAAUUAAAGGCCUGACCCCGGGUGAGCAUGGUUUCCAUGUCCAUGAAUUUGGAGACAAUACAAAUGGGUGUAUCAGUGCAGGACCUCACUACAAUCCCCACGGCAAGAAUCAUGCUGGUCCUAAAGAUGCAGAGAGGCAUGUUGGCGACCUCGGUAAUGUGACUGCAGGAGAAGAUAAAGUUGCCAAGAUCAACAUCAAUGACAGUGUAAUUACUCUGGCUGGCCAGUACUCCAUCAUAGGCCGAACCAUGGUGAUUCACGAGAAGGCAGAUGACCUGGGAAAAGGAGGCGAUCCAGAGAGUCUAAAAACUGGAAAUGCUGGUGGACGUCUUGCCUGUGGUGUCAUUGGCAUUGCCCAGUAAUAUUUGUGCACUGAAAUAAGCUUUACAGCACUUAAUAUGACCAACUUAGCUACUUUAAUGAGAGUUUGUCCUUUUCAACACUCUGCAGCUUGUUAUUGAUUAGUCGGGAGACUGGAUGAGCCUCUUUCAUCUUUCUUCUCUUUCCGUUACAGCAAUGUGAGUUUGUCUGCUGAUAUGUUUGAUCCUGGAAAAUGUAUAGUUGCAGUAAUGUGUUAACAGAUGAAACAAAGGUACACAUUAAACAUUUAUUUCAUCUGAAUCCUGUAGUAAUCGUGUGUUGUUGGCUAUUGUUCAGCCUCUAAAGUGCCAUAUUGACAUCAUUAAAGUACAAGUGGCUCAUG